CAUUUGGAACUCUGUCAUCAAAGUGUUAAGUGUGAUAAAAAUGAUAUCGUCUAGUCCUAAACUGCCUUGGUUCACCGGCAAGGUGCCGCCCAGCCAAAUGAUUCUGACCAUUUUUCUGUGCUUAGCCGUAUUUUACGGCCUGGCUAAACUCAUCGCCAUUCCGCUGCGCAUCGAUGACUUCGACAGCUUCAGACCAAUUCACACCGAGGAUAUGCAGUCACCAGGUCAAGGAUUUUGAAAAUCUGAGAUAGACCCCUGAGCCCAGCAAUUAUCAAUUGUAAACUGGGAAUGCAAUGCUAGGUUGUGUGGGUGGCACAUCAGAGACCAGUGUGUUUGCCCGACUUGCUUGGCGCUUUGCAAUUGCAAUUGUAAUUUGCAAAUUAAUUAAAUUUAAGCAUGAACAACAUGUCAGACCGACAUCGCCGCUCCAAUCUAAUGUACAAUAGCAAUUAAACGCAAUUUAACCGCGUAUUUGCUUAUCAUUGUAGUCUACUGAUCAGAUUCGAACGCCUUUGGGAUGCCCGAUUUGCGUGGAGUGAAUAACAAAC